AUGGCUGCUUUGUCUGAUAAACUAGCCGAUGCUUACCAGAACGCAAGGCCUAGAUAUCCGAUCGACUGGUUCACCAAGCUUGCUGCUAGAACCGGUCAACACAAAUUAGCUUGGGAUGUCGGUACCGGCAACGGUCAAGCCGCCAUUGGUCUCGCAGAGUACUUCGAGAAAGUUGUGGCCACAGACAUAAACGAAGCACAACUGAAACGAGCGGUGAAACACGAGCGAAUCAGUUACCAUCACACUCCGACAGAGUUCUCUGAAGACAAAAUGGUUGCUCUUGUCGGCGGAGAUAACUCCGUUGACCUCAUCGUAGCUGCACAAGCCGUUCACUACUUCGAUCUCCAACCAUUCUACAACAUAGCCAAAC